AUGGUAGAAUCUCUUUUCGAUUAUCAAUUUCGUUUAAUAUUAAUCGGAGAUAGUACUGUUGGAAAAAGUUCUUUGUUAAAAUAUUUUACGGAUGGGAAAUUUGCUGAAGUGACAAGUAGUGUUUCAGAUCCUACUGUUGGUGUAGAUUUUUUUGCCAGGCUAAUUGUUUUAGAUGAUGGUACUAAAAUAAAACUUCAAUUAUGGGAUACAGCAGGACAGGAAAGAUUUCGUUCGAUAACAAAAUCAUAUUACAGAAAUUCAGUUGGGGCCCUUCUCAUAUACGAUAUAUGUAACAAAGCAAGUUUUGAUCACAUACCUAUUUGGAUGAAUGAAGCAAAAAGACAUAUUGAUCCUCACAGGCCAGCAUUUGUUCUUGUCGGUUGUAAAAUGGAUUUAGCCAAUUUAACAGGGUGCCGAGCUGUUGAUUUAAAUGAAGCCAAGGCAUUUGCCAAAUUACACAAUAUUCCACAUAUUGAAACAUCAGCAAAAAGCGGGACAAAUGUUGAAGAAGCAUUUAAAGCUAUAACGCAAGAAGUUUAUAAUAGGGUUAAAUCGGGGGAGUAUACAAUCGAAGAGGGUUGGGAUGGUAUAAAAACUGGAUUCGCAGGACCUGAUGGACUUGAUUUUAAUUAUAUCGAAGGGGAACCAGCUAAAUCAUCAUGUUGUUAG